AUGUCGAUAUGGAUCGUUUUAGCUUGCAUGGUGACAUCAUGGAUCUUCUUGCACCGACGGGGACAAAGGAACAAGAGCUGUCCAAAGACAUGGCCUUUGGUUGGAGCAGCGAUCGAGCAGUUAACCAAUUUUGACCGCAUGCACGAUUGGAUCGUUGAGUAUCUUUACGACUCAAGAACCGUAGUUGUCCCAAUGCCAUUCACCACUUAUACAUACAUAGCAGAUCCUAUUAACGUUGAACACGUCCUCAAAACCAAUUUCUCCAACUACCCAAAGGGAGAGACAUAUCAUUCGUAUAUGGAAGUUCUUUUGGGAGAUGGGAUAUUCAAUUCAGAUGGAGAGCUCUGGAGGAAACAGAGGAAAACCGCGAGUUCAGAAUGCAACUAG